UUUAAGCUUGUCUUAAUCUCAAAAUUCAAUUCCUGGAAAUAUCGAAGAAAAAAAACAACAAAAAAGAACAAAAUAUGCAGGCUGUGAAGGAGAAGUUGAGCGACAUUGCUGCCAUGCGUAAAGCCAAGGCAGAAGCUAAAGCGGAAGAGCAGGAGGAAAAAGAUUUGGCAAAGGCAAGAAUAGAGGUAGCAAAAGAGAUGAGAAAGGCCAAAGAAGCAGAAGCACAAGUUGAACAUCACUUGGAAAAAGCUGGCCAAAAGGCUGAGAAAGAAUUGGCUAAACCCCAUCCUUACCACCAAAACUUAGAUAAUCCAAGCCCUAACCCUGUCCCUAAUACUAUGGAUGGCCACCAAAUGCAUCAUACAGAUCGUGGAUCCGGAGCUCCUCCCAUGGAAGGACUAGCUGAACCAAGACUUACAAGGGAAUUCCCACCGGCCACCAACCAGCACAUUUGAGUAUUUUGUUUGCAACUCUUAUGUUGAAUUUUGCUGUGUUUUGUUUUCUUGCUUUUUAUGUGCUCAUGAUGGAAGAUUGAGCUUUGUAACGUGCUUAUGUUUUCUAGUUGUAGCUUAUCAAUUGGGUAAACAUCAAUCAUCUUUUAUGCCUAUUCGUCAUAACAAAUAGGAGUAAAUCUAA